AUGUCUCUUCGCAACUCUGGUCCGGGCUUCCUGAGCGCCAAUACCGGCCCGGGCGUACAGAGUAACUACAAUGCCUCCGGGCCGCAAAUCAACAUCAGCUACUAUACAGGCAGGUUCUUGGUCGAAACAGCAUGUCUACAAACUCUCAGCUUCUCCAACAUUGAUGCGCGUCGUCAGGAUAUUGUUGUGGCCCAUCCUACGACCGGCGAUUGGAUCUUUGAGACCGAAGAAUUUCGGCACUGGCGCGACCGCACUUCUAUUCUAAGACACAAUGGAGUGCUUUGGAUCAAAGGCCAUCCCGGAACCGGAAAAUCGACGCUGAUGAAACAUAUCUGGAGACAUUGUCAGCGACAGUUUCAGGACCGUACAAUUGCGACUUACUUCUUCUACGCUCGAGGUGAGUCGCGGCCACUCAUUAUUCUUGCCGAUGCCUUGGACGAAUGCAAUGAGUCACAAGUUCGAGAUGUUGUGCGGUUUCUUGAACAACUGAGUAUUGCCUGCGUCAGCAAUGAGCUCAACGUUUGCGUUUGUCUAUCGAGUCGCCAUUAUCCAAACAUCACUAUGGCAAAAUAUCAAAAGCUUGUGGUAGAAGGUAUGAAAGGACAUGGCGCGGAUAUUGCCAUAUACGUCCACGACAACCUGACGAAGUCGAACCAGGAUAUUGAGAAGCAGGUUCUCAAAAAGGCAUCCGGUAUCUUCAUGUGGGUCGUGCUCGUCGUCGCCAUGCUGAACAAAGCAUAUGACGAGGGCAAGGUCGAAGCAAGGGAGCAGAAGUUGCGCGAAGUGCCCAGUGACCUUGACGGCCUGUUCUCGACAAUCCUAAGCAAGGAAAAUCCGGAUAAAGAAGAGACGAUCUUAAUGCUGCAGUGGCGGCGCAUAACCCACUCUUCGAGAGGGCUGAUCGAGGUCCGUAACGCACACAGGGUUCAAUUCAUCCACGAAUCUGUCAAAGAUUUCCUCGUACGAAAUCGACGACUUCAGAGUCUGGACCCGGCGCUUGAAUCCGAUGCCAUUGGUCGAUCUCAUGAUCGUUUGAAAAAUUGCUGUCUGUCAUUCAUCCGUUUUGUCGCUCCAGUAGUGGAUAAUAUGGAUGAGUUAUCGAUGAUCAUGCACGAGAUUCUUGUCGAGCAUGCCGCCGAUAUUUACCCACAAGGCUGGGACUACAACUCUGCCUUUUAUGCCUCUGUAUGCAAUGACGACACAGAGAUGUUAAGGCUUCUUUACGAACACGGCGCCGAUCCUAAUGGCUGGCACGGGGAGAAUACCCCGCUCCAUAUUGCUAUACAACGGUACGAAAAAUCGACAGAGGUUGUGAAACUUCUUCUCGAUUACGGUGCCGAUGUUAAUGCGACAAAGUUAUAUCGCGGUACCCCGCUACGGCAGGUCCUUGGAGAGGAACGUGUCAACCAACGGCCUAUUUCUGUGGUUAUAGAGCUAAUGAAACUUUUGCUCGACCGCGGCGCAGAUGUUAACGCAAGCUACAUUAACGCAAGCUAUGUGUACGACGCCAGCAACGCACUCCACGAUGCCAUACAACGUAGAAUGAAAGAGGUUGUCGGACUUCUUCUCGAUCGCGGCGCAGAUAUUAACGCGAAAGGGGGUGAAUACGGUACCGCGCUACAGGCUGCUGCAUAUGCAGCAUAUCGUGGAAACACGGAAAUCGUAAGACUGCUUCUCGAGCGCAGCGCCGACGUCAACACGCAAGGCAGAGAAUAUGGUACCGCGCUACAAACUGCUGCGACUGCAUAUUUUCCGUGGGGGGAGCCGCGGGCGAGAGAUGACCCGAGAGAUGUUGCAAAGUUACUUCUCGAGCACGGCGCCGAUGUUAACGCCCAAGGUGGGAGAUACGGUAAAGCACUACAGGCAGCUAUAUUAAAGCGUCGGGAGGAUAUAGCGGUACUUCUUGUCGAUUUCGGCGCUGAUAUAAGUACUCUGCAGCCUGCUGCGGAUUUUAUAUUCCUUUCACGCGAGUUCGAACGUAGAAGGGACGAUAUUACGAAGAUGUUUCCCGACAACGGCGUCGUUACCAUUAAAAGCAAAGGGAAAUACGGUUCCGCUCUUCAGAUGGCUAUAUUGCAAGAUUAUCCCCGCUUUGCAACUGUUCUCAUCAAACACGGGGCCGAUGUCAAUUACCGCACUGAACUACUUGGCCCCCCGUUAAUAUUGGCUAUACCAGAGGACAACUUGAAGAUAGCAACGGUUUUGCUUGAGCAUAGUGCUGAUGUCAACGGAGAGCACGGAGAGUUUGGCGCCGCUUUACAGUGGGCUGUAUGCGUGAGCCCGCACAACGAGUUUGUGACUCUUCUUAUUGAGCACGGCGCAAACGUCCAUGCAAGAGGUGGAAAAUACGGUAGUGCGUUGCAGGCGGCUAGAGUUGCGGGUCGUAUAGAUAUUGAACUUCUUCGCGAGCAUGGCGCUACUGAAUAG